AUGCCCGAAGUAUUUAUCAAGGACAACUUCCAUGCGCACACGCACGCACACGCGCCCACUUUAACUGAUAAUGUCAGGAGUAGGGUCUCCGAGCCCGUUGCCGCAGCUUUCGUGGCUGGAGGCGUGGCCGGGGCGGUGUCUAGGACUAUUGUGUCGCCACUUGAACGUUUGAAAAUUUUGCUGCAAAUACAAAAUGUUGGACGGAAUGAAUAUAAACUCUCUAUCUGGAAAGCGCUUGUGAAAAUAGGCAAAGAGGAAGGCUGGAAAGGCUACUUGCGCGGAAACGGCACCAAUUGCAUUCGCAUUGUGCCCUACUCUGCGGUCCAGUUUGGAAGCUACAAUUUUUACAAGAAAUUCGCAGAGCCGUCCCCCAAUACAGAAUUGUCCCCGAUUAAGCGUCUCAUCUGCGGAGGUGCUGCAGGGGUCACAUCCGUGACCGUGACGUAUCCCUUGGAUAUCGUCAGAACUCGACUCUCCAUACAGUCGGCGUCGUUUGCCGCACUAGGCCAGCGAGGGUCAGGGGAAUCCCUACCGGGCAUGCUGACAACCAUUAUCAUGAUAUAUAAGAACGAAGGUGGUAUAGUAGCAUUAUAUCGGGGUAUAAUUCCUACCGUGGCUGGUGUCGCCCCAUACGUUGGCCUUAAUUUCAUGACUUACGAAUCAGUCCGCACGUAUCUCACGCCAGAAGGUGAAGCAACACCCAGUCCCUUUCGUAAAUUACUAGCCGGCGCUAUUUCCGGGGCAGUGGCUCAGACAUGCACAUAUCCAUUUGAUGUCCUUCGACGGCGAUUCCAAAUAAACACAAUGUCUGGUAUGGGAUAUAGGUACACAUCUGUUGUAGACGCUGUGAAAGUGAUCAUGGCAAAGGAGGGUAUACGCGGUUUAUUCAAGGGAAUUGUGCCAAAUUUACUCAAGGUGGCCCCGAGCAUGGCCAGCAGCUGGCUCAGCUUUGAGCUGACAAGGGACUUUCUUGUCAGUUUAGGUGAGACAUAAAAACAGUCCACAUCGUUUUACAGUCCUGCUGUAGACAUUGAAGUGUCGACAAGCCAGUAUCAUGAUCAUUAAGGGAACGAUAUACUCCGGCCGAUUUUGAGGGUCAUAUAUUCCGGUUGUAUUCUCUAAGUACCAGGCUACGCGCAUGUUAUUUGUAUAGUUCCUAGUGCUCAGAAGAAAGGACGUCAAGAGGAUCGAAGGUGAUGUGAAUGACUUGGAACAACUCCAAGGUCAAAGAAUAAUUUAG